CGGGUGGGCGCGGCCACGGCACCAUCUUCCGCGGCUGGCUGGUCGGCUGGCUUUGCGCGGGCCUCAGCGACCCUCCCUGGCCAGAUGGCGCCGCGGCCGCUGGGCCCAUUGGUGCUGGCUCUGGGUGGCGCCGCGGCCGUGCUGGGCUCGGUGCUCUUUAUCCUCUGGAAAGCUUACUUCGGCCGCGGCCGGGAGCGGCGCUGGGACCGGGGCGAGGCCUGGUGGGGCGCGGAGACCGCCCGCCUCCCUCAGUGGGACGAAUGGGAGCCCGAGGACGAGGAAGAUGAGCCGGCUUUGGAGGAGCUGGAGCAGCGCGAAGUACUGGUGCUGGGAUUGGAUGGCUCUGGGAAAAGCACAUUCCUGCGCAUGCUGUCUGGAAAGCCACCGCUGGAGGGCCAUGUCCCCACCUGGGGCUUCAACUCUGUGCGGCUGCCCACCAAGAAUUUCGAGGUGGACCUGUUAGAGAUUGGCGGCAGCCAGAAUCUGCGCUUCUACUGGAAGGAGUUUGUGAAUGAGGUAGAUGUGCUGGUGUUCAUGGUGGACUCAUCUGAUCGGCUACGGUUGCCCCGGGCUCGGCAGGAGCUACAGAAACUGCUGGACAAGGACCCUGAUCUGCCUGUUGUUAUAGUGGCCAACAAGCAGGACCUGAGUGGAGCCAUGACUAUGGUGGAGCUUCAGCAGGAGCUGGGCUUGCUUGCUAGUAACAACCAGAGGGAGGUUUUCCUCUUGGCAGCCAGCAUUGCCCCUGCAGGGUCUACCUUCAAGGAACCUGGCACUGUACACAUCUGGAAACUGCUCUUGGAGCUUCUGUCCUAAGCUGGAGCCACCUGCUUGCUGCCCAGCCUUGGAGACCACAGUUCUGCUUCCUCCUGCAUCUUCAUUGCCAGCCUAGGCCUUGGGCAGGAGCACCGUAGCAACACCUCCUUUGUCCCCUCAAGAGCAAGGCCAGAAUCACGCAGAAGCGUUCCUGAUGAGGCGGACUUGGGGCAGGAGGAGAGAUGGUGACUGUUUCACCUUAGGCCAUAGUGUAGCUCCAGCUCCCCUUGCCUUCCUAUAGUGUGAUGCUCAGCUGGCUUAAUGCUCCUUCCCCGAGGUGUGGGUAUCACAGGUACUCCUGGUGACAUCGUGCAUCUUCCAUGGGGGAACGUUCUGGGUGGAGCACAGUAAAUCCUUCCUCCCAGGCCCUCAUCAUCCUCUAACCCCUGCUUUGUCUGUAGCCUUGUGUUUCUGCCUUUCUGGCCCCAGGGCCAUGGUUUUUAAAGGGAGGUGAUUUCCUAGUUUUUUCUAAAUGCCAGUCCUAGCGAUGCCAAAUGAGGACCAACCUGAAGUCUUUAGCAAAGAAUACUCUGACCACCUCCCUGCCGUUAAGGCCUAGCCUGCCAGCCUUCAUUGACCACAAAGUGCAGUUCACCACACAGGGUGAAGGAGGCUUCACCCCAGGUCUGGACAACCUGCUGCUUUUGUAUUAACUGUGCCAAUGCCCAUGUUUACAUAAGUCUAGAGAAGGAAGAGACCUGAGUACUGGAACAAGACUGGAGCUGGGGGGAGGGGUAUCAUUAUUUAUUUAUUUAUCAAAAGAAUAGGCCAAAGUUCUAGGUUCUGUUUAUAGGUGCUGUAAUCAAAACCCUAGAUUGUCAUAGAAAACUUGAAGCUUUGAAAAUUGUCUGGAAUCAUGAUGGACACUUAAGUAACCUACGGGUAUCAUUGGAGACAGAACUAUAGCUCCCUCUCCCUUCCCCUGCCCCAGCCUUGAGACCGUAACUGGAGACAAGUACUUCAAGGGAACCCAGGACUUUGGUUCUACUGUAUGGCCCAGGAUAUAGGACAGGACUAGUAGAAGAGCCAUCAGUGUGGCUUUGGGUACAUCAAGCCCUCUGGGAUAAUUUAUUCGUCAGCAAAACAGAAUGAAACUCUGUUCUCUGCAGUGGACAUUCCAUGACUGGCAAUGCAGACUGUCGUCGUCUUGACACUGAUGCACGCAAAGAGCCUGUGGUGUGCCUGGACUACUGAAGGAGAGCAUCUUUGGACUGGUUUUCUUUAAGGCUUUACUCCUGCCCCCACCCCCUAUCUUUUUUUUUUUUUUGAGACAAGCUGUUACUCUAGCCCAGGCAGGCCUUGAAUUUAUGGAAGCUGUCCUUCCUCGACCUCCCAUGUGCUGGGAUUACAGGAAGCAUUGAGCCAUCAUGCCUGGCUCUCGGUUUGCAUUUUGAGAAUAGGCUAUUUGCCAAUUGCCCAACAUACCGCCUGGGAAGUGGAGAGCUUCCAAGCUGAAGUGAGCAGUCAUCACAAGAGGGACCCUCUGUGUCCUUGGAAUCACCACAAGACAAGUCAGCCUCACUAGAAAUGAGUUUUCUGCUUUUGUACUAAAUAUUUAAGGAAUGACUUGGAAUUGUUUGGCAACUUCUCAUCUUGUCAUUAGGAAGUUGAGAAACCCUGUGUCAUUGUUCUAAGGAUUCCACCUUAUUCUCCAGUGCUUAAAACUUACUUGGAACCAGACUUGUUACAGAGAGGGACCCUUUUUUCUGAUUUAAAGUCCUUUGUCUAAUGAAUAUCAUCCUGUACAAUUGUCAUAGUCCCCCAGGUGGAGGGAUGGAUUUCAGAAUAAAGAGUUUCACUGUGUCUAUUGAA